UACAUUGUUACCCAAAAUGGUUUGGAAGAGCGAGAUAAGAAAGGUCAUGGUGAUGGUUUUACCGGUGCUUCUGUUGUGUUGGGAGCAUAAUGCAUCGGUUUUGUGCUUGCUGGAGUUUACCAGAGAAGAUUUCCCUUUGGAUUUCGUUUUUGGAGCAGGAACCUCAGCAUUCCAGUAUGAGGGUGCUUGGGCUGAGGAUGGAAAGACCCCGAGUAUCUGGGAUACUUUCACACACGCAGGGUUGGUUGGUGAAAGCAUUACUGAUGUGGCUUCUGAUGGUUAUCACAAAUACAAGGGAGACAUCACUCUCAUGAGUGAUACUGGGCUUGAAGCUUAUAGAUUAUCCAUCUCUUGGCCAAGGCUCUUACCAAAAGGGAGAGGACCAGUGAAUCCUAAAGGAUUGGAGUAUUACAACAACGUCAUCGAUGAGCUAAUCAAGCAUGGUAUCCAGCCUCAUGUCACUCUGCAUCAUUUGGAUAUUCCUCAAGUGCUUCAAGAUGAGUAUGGGGGGUGGCUAAGCCGAAAAUUCAUUGAUGAUUUCAAGGAACUUGCUGAUGUCUGCUUUAGAGAAUUUGGUGAUAGGGUUUCAUACUGGACCACCAUGAAUGAGCCCAACAUCAAUGCAAUGUCUUCCUUUGAUUAUGGAUAUUUCCCUCCCAAUCGUUGUUCAUUUCCAUUUGGUGAUAAUUGUACUAGAGGCAAUUCUACUGUGGAGCCAUAUAUUGCUGCCCAUAAUAUGAUAUUGGCCCAUUCUGCAGUAGUUCAGCUUUACAGGCAAAAAUAUCAGGCCAUCCAAAAAGGUCAGAUUGGCAUCAACAUCUACAGUAUUUGGUUCACCCCGCUGACAAGCUCCAUCGAAGAUGCUUUUGCAACAACGACCGCACUCGACUUCAUACUAGGAUGGAUUUUGAACCCGCUGGUGUUUGGAGACUACCCUGAGAUAAUGAAGAAAAAUGCUGGCUCAAGGCUCCCAUCUUUCACUAGUUUUGAAUCCCAACAAGUGAAGGGCUCGUAUGACUUCAUUGGUCUUAACUAUUACUACGCAUUGUAUGCGACUUAUGACCCCAAUAUUUCCAAGGCAGAUCUUCGAGAUAUAACUCUAGACAUGUUUGCUAAAUUCACUGACAUGAAGGAUGGUACACCCAUAAGCAGGAUUCUUCCGCCCAGUCACCCCACAAAAGAUUUUCAUAGCCUUUGGAAAUUGCUAUAUUAUCUCAAAAACACGUAUAACAACCCUUCCAUCUACAUCCAUGAGAAUGGGUUUGGUUUUGGAGUUGUCGACACAAUUAAUGACUUAGGAAGGAUAUCCUUUUUAAGCGGUUUCAUUGGAAGCGUGCUUGAUUCUAUAAGGGAUGGAUCGGAUGUGAGGGGAUACUUUAUUUGGGCCUUUUUGGAUGUUUAUGAAUGGAUAACUGGGCUUACAGAAAGAUUUGGGCUCUACCAUGUAAAUUUUGAGGACACUGAACUUGAGAGAACACCUAGGCUUUCAGCCGACUGGUACCGAAACUUCCUUAAAGAUGGAGGAAAAAUCAUGAUAGAAAAACUUUGCCAGCAAAGGGCAAAAGCUCAGUCGUCACAGUAAACAGUUAUUUUCUAAUGUUUUGAAUCAUUCUGUAACGUUCAGGAAUUGUCAUAAUUUUUCAAACUUAUCAUUUUGCUCA